GUAUCCUCGAAGGCCGCACUGACGUCCGUCGAAGUCUAACGUUUUUGUCGUUUCAAACUUUGUUCAUCAACCAGUUCGAAAUCAGCGCUCGUAACUGAACAAAAAGUGAAAGGGGGUAAAUUUCGAGCACUACUCAUCGAGUGACCCGGUGUUUUUAAUUAUUCGUUCGUUUGUUUUGAUUUAAAUUGUGAUAAAAAGUACAUGUGCGCGAUGUGAUGUAAGUAGUAUUGGCACACAAUUCACGUGUUUCAUGUCAGGGCUCAAUUUGUUACUCAUGUUUUUGCAAUUUAAUAAGUUUCAUUAAUAUGUGAUUAUUGUACCUCUUCUAAUGACAUAAACGUUUAUACCUUACUUCAUCUUUUCGCAUGGGCCCGAAAUAAUAUGCAGUAUGCAAACGAUGGAUUCUCGAAUUGGUCUGGAUUUUAUUGUAGAAAACCCAGAAUACAUAGGAAAAUUAGCGGCGGCUUUAGAUACUACAACAAUUACCGUAAAAAAGCAAGUCAUAGAGUUACUGUCUGCACUUUGCGUACAUAAUGAAGAAGGACACGCACGGGCAUUGGAUACGCUCGAUCAUUAUAGGAAAAUAAAAGGCGAGAGAUAUAGACUGACCGUAAUCGUAAAAGAGCUAGAUCGCGCGACUGCUGUUGAUUACCAGACCGCGUUAGUUGCGUUUAUAAACUGCCUUAUAAUCUCCACUCCUAGGUUAACGGAUAGGACACGGCUUAGGAAUGAAUUUAUAGGAUGUCAUCUGCUUCCUGUGCUUAGCCAUUUACGGAAGUGCGCAGAAGCGGAACCGGAGCUUGCUGUACAGCUAGACGUAUUUGAUGAGCAACGUGAAAGUGAUGAUGCACAGAGCAUGCAGGGUCCGCACGGAGUGGAUCUAAAUUCACCGCUUGACGUUUUUUAUGCCAUAUUAAAGCAGGUUGCGGAUACCCCACAAGAGAUUCCAUUUCUCAGCAUUUUACAACAUUUAUUAAGGGUAGAUCCCAAAGAAGCAGUAAGUGAUAUCAUAUGGGAUACCGCUGAACGUCUGGUGCAUCGCGCUACGUUAUUAGAAAACAGAGAAGGCGCAACACGAUUACUGCGGACGCCAAGCGUGCAAGCAAAGCUAUUCUGCCAAUGCCAACUGCGUUCUGAUUCUAGUCCCAGUAGAAGGCAAUCAUUAAACACUGUGCCGUUAAGUCCUCAGCUUGGACCUCCGCCUCUCCCACCUUUAGGUCCGAUACAGCCACCACCUCCACCUCCACCACCCAGUGUACCACCGCCACCUCACAUCCCACCUCCAGCUCCUCUACCUCCUCCCGCCCUUCCAAAGAUACGAACCCCCACCUCUCCAACCAUCGAAGUAGAUACUGUCGUCGAAAAACUUCCACAACAGAAAACUCCUACUCCAAAAAUAAAGAUGAAAACGAUUAACUGGAAUAAAAUUCCGAGUAAUAAGGUUGUAGGGAAGAAUAAUAUUUGGACUCAGGUGGCUUAUAGUCAUCAGGAUUCGCCUCGAGUUGACAUGGAUUGGUCCGAAAUGGAAGAUUUAUUUUGUCAACAGGUACCGCCUUCAGCGCAAAAUUCUCCUAAGUUGGGAAACAGAGAGGGGAAUUCUGAAACAUUAGAAAGAAGGAUGAGAAAAGAAAAUACAGAGAUUACUUUGUUGGAUGGUAAAAGAAGUUUAAACGUCAACAUUUUCUUGAAACAGUUUAGAAGCACAAACGAAGAAAUUAUUCAAUUAAUAAAAGAUGGAGAGCACGAGGAUAUAGGUGCUGAAAAGCUAAGGGGACUUUUAAAGAUAUUGCCCGAAGUAGACGAGUUGGAUAUGUUAAAAUCAUUUGCCGGCGAUUUUACUAAAUUAGGUAAUGCCGAGAAAUUUUUACUGCAAUUGACAAAUUUAUCAAAUUACAAGUUAAGGAUAGAAAGUAUGCUUCUGAAAGAAGAAUUUGCUUCGAAUAUGAAUUAUCUUGAGCCCAGUAUUAAUUCCAUGCUACUAGCUGCAGAAGACUUAAUGACCAAUAGUCCUUUGCAAGAAGUGCUAUACAUGAUUCUUGUGGCGGGAAAUUUUUUAAACUCUGGCGGAUAUGCUGGGAAUGCCGCAGGAGUAAAAUUAUCUUCAUUGCAAAAAAUAACAGACAUCAGGGCAAAUAAGCCUAAUAUGAAUUUGAUUCACUAUGUAGCGUUGCAAGCUGAAAAGAGAAAUAAUCCGAAAUUGUUAACCUUCGCCGAUAAUGUAGGGGUAUUAGAAGAUGCGGCCAAGAACACUGUAGAGCAAUUGCAUAAUGAAAUUAAAACUUUGGACGUUAGAAUAAAGAAAAUCAAAAAGCUGAUUGACUUACCCAGCACCGAGACAGAAAUAAAGUUCCAAAUGGCAGAUUUCCUGAUGAUGGCAGAACGGGAAGUCACAAACCUGCAAAGAGAUAUGAAACAAUUAGAAAACGUCCGAAAGCAACUAGCAGACUUCUUCUGUGAGGAUGCCAACACUUUUAAAUUGGAAGAAUGCUACAGAAUCUUUCACGGCAUAUAUAUUAAAUUUCGUCAGGCAGUGGCCGAAAAUACAAGAAGAAAAAUUCAAGAGGAACACGCCAACGCGAGAAGAAAGCAAAGAGAAGAACUUAUUGCAACACGACGACGUCAGAUGGGUAGUUUGGCAGGAACACCUGAUUCUGAAGGGACGUUUAAUGACACUCAAAUAUAUGACCCUCGCACUGGCUUUCCAAUGAAAAAGGGUCGGAAGGUGGCAAAUGGUAAUAUAGUGACGUCAGAAGAAGAGCUAUCGAUUGCAGGUUCUCCGUCAGUCACCCGACGUAGAUUAGGUUCUUUCAAUGGGCAAUAUAGUGGAGAUACAACCCCCUCAAUAACAGGAAAAGAAGAUAAAUCUCCCGAUAUAACACCAAAUGGCAGUUUGCGAAGGCGAAGAAGUCGAGUACUUUCCGAAGAAGAUGAAGGAAAUUUAAUGGAUUUUUUGAGGACGUCGGGUCAUGAAAAUCGCGAAAGAAAAUCUUGGGGCAGUUUAGAUCGGUCUUGGGCAAGAAAAGCGCGCGGCAAUGCUUCACGUAAACGACCAACACUAUUGGGGGCCGAUUUUUCCUACGACAGAGAAAGGCCUUCCUCACCUUCACCACUCUCCGAAUCAAAACCAAUAUUCUCCCCUAGCGAAGAAGAAGCCAAACCGAAAGAAUGGCGGCAAAAAAUCGAAUCCUGGUUGCAAGCCAACGAAAGUGAUCAAAUUACAGAUGAGUCACGUCGAAAACGUAUUGUCAAUAGACGAUCAUUCGAAAUGGAUUCAGAGAGUGAAAGAAGUAGUAACUUGGAAACGUUACCUGAAGGGAAGCAGGUAUACAGUGGCAGUCAGUCCGUGUACAGAAGAGUUUAUCCGGACUGGACUCCAUCAACCACAAUUGAUAAAAUGGAUAUCGUGAGUGCAAUGGAAACAGUUGAAGAAGCGCAGCCAUCAGUCAAGGAUAAAUCAGCUUGGAGAAAAUCAAAUUUAAACGUUGCAAAUAGCACAGAGGCCACGGCAGAAGAAUCCAUGCGUCAUAGACAUGCGCCGCAAGUCAGGGUUUCUGCAGAUACUACAGAUUUGAAAUCAUCUACAAUCGAUCGAAAGGAACUGAUUUCGUCCUUAGCUGCACGACCAGCUUCAGACAAACUUACAUUGUACAUUUGUAAUCCGGGAUCCCAAAUUGCUACCCCCGUAAAAGAAAAAGAGAAACGAUCCGCAGCUUCACAGAAAAUGAACGAUUCCGAUUCAGGCAACAAGGUAGAUAUAGAUCAAGAUAACAUCGAAACACCUCCAGCAAUACGGCGGGUAUUUACACCUACACCGGUUGAUAAGCGUGAACCAAGUAUGCCUAGCCCAUGUAAACGAUUGAUGACGAGAUCAAAAGAAGACAAACAGUGUGCUCAUGAGACUGAAGGAUCUGCAACAUUAGGCGAUGGACAGUUUGAUCGUUUUUCGGCUACUCGGCGAACUAGGAGAUAUAAGAGAACAUCUGAAAAUACAGAUGCAGUGUCUCCUGAAUUAGUGAUAGAUGCACAAGUUAUAAAGCCGUCUCAAGUUCCCUUGCAGACCUCCACGACCGUUAGUGAAGAAUCAAACUUGGAUAAAGACGGCAGAUUAAAAGUUUGGCAAGAUCGUUUGAAAAAUCAAGCAGAGACAGCUUCAGAUUUAAAGAGCUCUAUAACGCGAAGAAACCGGCAUCAAACUGGAAUAAAUCAUGAGGAAGUGAAGAAAGCGUUACAGUUAAACGUGUCGUCACCCAUUGAUAUCAAAGAUUCGCAUAGUCGUAAAUCAAAGGAGCAUGAGAAUGACGAAGGAUUUGAAGAAACUCAAAGUUUGAUGUCUGAGUCGCCCAGUCAAGGUGCUUCAUCUGGUGGCAAUUAUGAACCUGAUAUGGUUGACGCCAAUCUGAUAAUUGCAGGUUACAAUGACAACAAUCGGCCAUCUAUUAAUGUGACGGGAAGGACUCAUAUUCCAAAUUCCGUAGGAAAGAACUCAAAGCAAGUGCAAAUGGCGACGAAAAAUUUACUAGGUAACUCAUCGCAGAAAGUCGCGCGUAAUAAUUCAAUAAAACAAUCCGCACCAUCUUCAAAAGUUAGCGUUAUACCUAGAAGGUCCAUUAGUUUGCGUAAGAUGGAGUUGCAAUCAAUUGCACCCGAUAAAAAAUUUGUAGAACGAUCUAACUCGCGAAAUAGUUUGGUUAGUUCUCGUAGUUCAUUAAACAGUGCAACAUCAACUUGCACGGUCAAGAGAGUUCAACUAAAGGCUCCUACCAAUGGAAACUGCAACACUUCUAAAACAAUAAAUAGAACACCUAGUGCAAAAAUCUUAGGUUCAACAAAUAAAGGUGGUUUAGUGCGACGAACGCCCCCCACAUCCAGCCAGAAGCCACCUAGACCGCAAAACCAAGUGUCAUCAUUCAUGAAACCUACGACGUCUAGCACUACCAAGACUAGUUCGAGUUUACCUAGUAGAAUCCAGACGCCAGUGUUUCGAAUGAAAUAAUUCGGUGAGAAUUAAUUGUAAGCGGUUUUUCAACCCCUCAUUUUAUUUCAAUUAGUAGGUAUAAUCGUCAAACAAUACAUUUUAAGCCAUUGCCUAAAUACACAGACAUGAGUAAAAGAA